GCUUUCUCAUGUAUUUGUCUUUUCCGCCUGUAUUUCCGCCUACUGGAGUGAAUUCCUUACACUUUAUGAUGCAAAGGUGAAGAGAAAAGGAUGGGGAAAAGGGAAGAAAAAUGACCUUACAAACUAACCCUACAGUUGCACCCAUUAAAGCCUCACCUCACCACUAGUUGGGAGUCAUUUUCAAGCUCUGGAAGUGACAUUUAAAACAGUUGGCGGGGCCAGACAUAGAGCCAGAAUGAAGGAAAAUAACCUAACCCCUGCAAUGGUCACAUAAAUAAUAUACGUAAACGAGGGAUCUUGGCUAUUUUAUGGAGAGUGAGAGCUAGUCAUACCCAUGAACAAUAGGUCUUAUCAACUAAUGAUUAUAGCCCAAACAAGAUGACCUUGAAUACAGAAAUAUAUGGGAUACAAAAGCAACCGCAUUUCCUAUAGAUAAUUGUUCUGUUGCCUAUUACAACAAGUGAAUCAUGUUUAGUGUGUGAACCUCUGCAUGUGAGUAAUAUUCAUAAUAAUGCAUUGUGCUAGUGUUCUGUAUUCUGUCCACCCACAAUACUGGAGUAGACUACAGUAGUUUGGUUUAUGGCGCUGAAAGUGCAGCUUGCUCACUUCAGCAGAGCACACAGCAGUCACAUCGUCAGGACCCAGGACAAUGAAUUAUAGAUGAGGAACAUUCCAGAGAUGAGUCAUGCUACCUCUGCACACACACAGCCAACCAGCCAGUCUGUGUGUGUGUGUGUGUGUGCAUGUGUGCAUGCGUUUGAGUGUAUUAGAAUGGGAGAAUGCUAGAGGGAGAGAGGAAGGCAAGGAGAGAGUGUGUGUAUGCAUACAUGUUUGUGUGUGUGUUUGUCUCUGAGGGGGAGAAUAUUGCCUGAGAAAAUGCUAACUGCUUGCUUUUAUACCAGUGCUCCCCACUCUGUUUUCUUUAUGUCAAGAAGAGAAGGAAGAACAGAUGGAAACUGACCUCAGUUAGUCCUACAUCUACCAAUAUUUAUGUUAAGUUUUAACACCAACAUUUUAUUGUUUACAGUUGUCAUACUGCCCUCUCCAUACGCCCUAGAUACAUUAGUACGAAAACAACAUAGGCCUACCAAAAUAAAUACACAGCCUCUCUCUCCUAUCCCUUCCAGGCAAACCCCUCCCUAUGAAAAAUGAUAUCCCCCUACAUCCCGACCCACUGCCUGAUUCUAUCCCCUGACCGAUUCCCUCUUUUGUUUCCAGAAUGACAACAGCAGACAGAAAUAGAAUCUUCUCCACCGUGCAAUGCCAUAAAUCGCUGCUGCCUGCCUGCCCAUCCUGGCCAGCAGCUGUGGCUCCCUCCUUCCCUCCCUCCCUUUCUCCUCAGUGCUAAUGGACGUUAGUCUUCAGCCAAGCUGCAUGUAGAGAGAGGGAGAAGGCUACUGUCGGAUGGUGUUUGAUGGUGACCCUUGUCUGUUUAAUUGUUUCUAGAUAAAUCUCCAUUUGACUGGUUGGAUUUCCCUCUUGUCAUUGCCAAGAGUCCCUUGUUUGCUUUCCCGUCUCGUUAGGAGAAAUUGGAAUGUACAAAAAUCACAUAAAAGACACCAACAACAACUACAAUAAAAGCCUUCUCCCUGACCAUAAGGAGAAGCUGAUCCAGGCUAUUAAAAGAAUAAAGCAUGAGGUAGACGAGUGCUGGGAGGCAGAGAGAGAGACGUACAUAUGGUCUGUUGGUGUAGAGAGAUGUUUUGAUAAUCUGGAACGGGAGGUCCGAGCUGAGUUCCAGAACCUCCAUCGCUUCCUGGACGAAGAGGAGACCAUGGACAUGGAGCGACUGAAGAAGGAGAAAGAGAAGAGGGUGAAGCUGCUUAGGGAGAGGGAGAAGAAGAUCGCCAUGCAGGGAAGAGAUCUGGAGAGAGGCAUUGCCACGCUAAACAACAAACUGGCCGAGGAAGACAGUCCCAGACUGCUCAAAGAGAUUCAAGACCUCUUGAAAAGGUCCCAGGUGGCUUUCAUACCGCCUCCGCAGGUGGAUGUGGAGGUGCGAUCAGCACACUUUGUGGGGCCCAUCCAGUACAGGAUAUGGAAACACAUGAAGAGCUGCCUGUACCCAAAUAUCACUGAAGUGACCUUUGACCCAGAGACAGCCCACCCCCUCCUCACCCUCUCCCCCAGCUGCACUUCUGUGUGGUUCGAGGAGGACAAAGUUAUCCCCAAGGCCUCGGAGGAGGAGCAGCCUCCCAACCCCCGCUGCUUCCACUACUACUACAGUGUCAUGGGCCGAGAAGGCUUCAUCAUCGGACGCCAUUACUGGGAGGUGGAGGUGGGCCGCAAGACAGCGUGGCGGCUGGGUGUGGCCAGGGAGGACGUCCCCCGGGGGGAGAUGGACUCCAGCGGGACCAGUAACGGUCUCUGGACCCUAUCCCUGAAGGGAGGGGCCAUCUUGGCCUGUACAGACCCCAAACCCACCAAGGUCCCGGUGUCCAUCAAGCCCGUCCGGAUCGGAGUGUUCUUAGACUGUGAGAAGGAGGAAGUAGCGUUCUAUAACGCUGUUACCAUGACGCCACUGUACACAUUCUCCAUGGAAACGGUGUUCGUUCCGCUGAUCCCCUUCUAUAACCCAUGUGACACGGACGAUGGGAGGAACCUGGGUCCCCUAAACCUCUUCAGCCCCUCUAUAUGAGAGUACAGAGAACCAAGGAGAACCAAGGUUGUACUGGAGUAUAUUUUGUUUGUGGAUGCGGUGGAAGGAUAGAGAGAAUUUGUAAAUGGUUUGUUUUAUACAGUGUGUGUUUCUGGUAUAAUUUCAUAGCUGGCUGGAAGCAUGAUGUAAAUUGUAUCAGUUAAAAAAUCCAAUGAGUUUAUGAUAUGCAUUUACAUUUACCAGGGGAAGCUGGUGUAAGGAGCUAUAGGAGGACGGGCUAAUUGCAAUGGAAUGGAAUCAAUGGAACGGAGUCAACGAGGUUUCCAUAUGUUUGAUGUGUUUGAUACUGUUCAAUUUAUUCCAUUCCACCCAAUACAAUGAGCCCAUCCUCCCACACGCCUCCACUGACAUGUACCUAACCAGCUCUAUGGUAUAGCACUAUCAAUUCAUAUUUAUGCCAUUGCGUUCAGUUGUUUGCAUUGUGGUUUGAAUAUUGACAUUUUAUUGGCAUUAAAUACACAAAUAAAUAGGUAAACAAAUUAACACAAAACCUUGGUCUGUGCUCAUAACACCAGAAUGUGAUAGUUUUGUCAUAUUGUCACAUAAUAGGUUAUGAAUGUAGAAAAACCAGACUAAGGUAUCGAAAACAAGUCCCAAAAAUGAGCAAAGGCCAAAUGCCAGUAUCCUAGUGGGGGUAGAUACCACAGGGCCUCAGGACUUAACAGUAGGGGUUAACUGCACAAUGAUGUUACCUUUGGCCCAUCUAUAAAUACUGUGGUCAUGCAUCCAUAGCUGUGACACUUUGUCAGCAGUCCAAAUGUCACCCUAUUCCCUAUAUAGUGCACUACUUCUGACCAGGGCCCAUGGACCCUAGUACAAAAGUAGUGCACUAAAUAGGGAAUAAGGUGCCAUUUGGGAUGUAUCUAUUGUGGCAUGGGUAUGGGAGAAAUGUAGGGGAGGGGGUGGGAAGAGGGAGGAAGAGGACACACAGGGUGACACUGGAGAGUGUGACACUGUGGGAAAAUAACUAAAUGUGUGUGACAUUGAGUAAGAUGACUGACGUGAGGUAGCAUGACAACACCGUCACAUUUACAGAGACCAAGGCUUCCUCAGUGAACGCGGCCAUUAGUAUGAUAUCUUACACUAUGCACGGUGUGCCAGAUAGACAGCUAGGAGAAAAGUGCUCCACGAAAUGAGAUCGUAAAAUCUAAGUGCACACACGUUAUGGCCUACCUACCUACCCGAAUAACAUUAGGACAAAUUCAAAGCUUUGGAAAAGUACAGAAUCAAUGACAAGGACACUAGAUUUUUUUCUCAUAAUCUUUUGUUUAUUCUUCGUUAUGUUUUUUUUAGACAUGAAAUAAAGAAAAUAACACCUUUCCUUUACAAAA